AUGGCGGACAACCUGCACGUCCUGCAAGACCUGGUUAGCGAGUCUCACGCGCAGCAUGCCGCUGAAAUCGGGCGGCUGAAUUUCGCGGUAGAAGCUCUCCAUAGCAGGCUGGAGCAAAUGCCCAGCGUGGAAGCUGUGGCGAGGAUGCGCUGCUUCCUUCUUACCAUCGGGGUGAUUUGCACCAAGGAGUUGGCCACAGAGCUGCUCACCAGCGGUGGCCUCACCACCCGGCGCUGCGACAACCUGGAGGAGCUGUGGCGGGUGGUGGGGGCCUACCGCGCGCAUGAGGGCUUCAGUUUGGAGGAGAUCGAGAAGGCCAAGGAGGAGUUCGACAGCGCCUCCAGGGCCGCCAGCCUCACUCCCUCGCCCACCAAAAGCAGGCUGAUGAAUGGCCAGAACCUGUCUGACGCACUUCUGUCCCUGCACACGGUGUAUAGUGCCGAGCACCUCAACAGCAUCAUCGGCGAGCUCGGGGAGGAGGCAUUGCAAAAGUGCGCCUUGACCUUCUACGAGUUCUUGGUGAUUUGCCGCCGGCUCCACCGAAUCGUGAUGAGCAGCUUCGCAGAGAGCUUUCAGAAGGUAGACAUGGACAAGGACGGGCAGGUGACCCCCGUGGAGGCCGCCGAGGCCUUGCGCCCCAUGGGCUUCACGCUGCUGCGGGCGGAGCUGAAGGAGCUGCUUGGGCUUGUAGGCGCGAUGGAGGAGGAGCGCUUGCACUUCGAUGCCGUCUUCGGCCUGCUUACGGAAGCGCGGCAGAUGCACGGCUUCACGCGGGCGGAGUCGGAGGAGCUCCAGGGCCACUUCGACGCCUUCUGCGACGAGGACGGGGAGAUGCCGAACCUGGCGAUGUACGACCUCUUGCGGUACGUGGGGCAUGAGAGCUCCCUGGAUGAGGUGAAGGAAUUGUUAGACCAGGUGGAUUACAACCACAACGGCACCAUGGACCGCCGGGAGUACCUGCGCCUGAUGCGACUGCAAAAGGAGCAGAACCUCUCGGGCUAUCGCAACGCCUGGUGCAGCAGCAAGAUGCGGUGCGGGCGCAAGGCCUUCCAGGUGGUGCACAGUGCUCUCCACGCCCGUCUCAAUAAACACCCGGAGAUCCUGGGUCGGCUGCUGGCCAACACGCCCCGGGUGGAGAUCAGCCGCGCCGCCGGGGAUUUCGACUCCUUCGCUCAGCUGGCGGAGCAUUUGCGGAAGCAGAUCCCUUUGGAGAGCCGGAAGUAUGCCAGCUUCAAGGAAGUGGAGUACGAGUCCUUGCGCCAGAUCUUCCAAAAAGCGCCUACUUCUGCGUCCGACGGGUCCAUCAGCCUGCGCACCUUCUUGACAAUGAUGGAGGACGUGCGAGAUGUCCAUUCCAAAGGCGGCCGCAUGUGGCUCUUCGAGGCCCUGAAUGAUGCGCGGCAUGCCGCCAAGGACGCCGGCGUGAGCGAUGCCGAAGCCGGCGAGGACAACAGCCCUCGCGUGCGGUUUAUGCCCGUGCUGCACUUCACGCGGUCGAUGGUGCAAAAGCACCUCCGGCACGUGACCAUUAAGGAGAACGACGUCCUCUCGACGCUGAAAUUCAGCAAGGGCGAGGUGGCCCAGUUCCGGGUGCUCUUCCGGCGGCUCUACGCGGAGCUCCAGGGCAGCAAGAGCGAGCAAAAGAAGACGCCGAACCGCAAGCUGCAGAACGCAGCGCUACGGAUUAUGGCGGCCCGUCGGCCGGGGGGCCCAAGCGGCAAGACCCACAUCCUUUCCAACAGGAGAAUGGGCAAGUCUCACCCGAGUCCUUUGCGGGCACGGUUCCUGGUUUUUUGGCCCACCUCCGCCAGCGAGCCAACCAGCAUUAUGCUCAAGUGCGCAGAGGUUCUGUCCAUCGGCAUCACCUACAUCGCCGUCUCCGCAGGGCUCAUCUCCUUCAACAAGUACCUCAUGCAUGAGGACCGAUUCCCGCACGCGCUGCACCUCACAGCUGUGCACAUGGCAACCACCACGCUGCUCUCUCUGCUCCUGUAUGCCAUCGCGCCUUCCAUCUACCCUUCCAUGGACAAGGCCAAGGAAAACCUGGGGCUCCUGACCAAGUACCUCGCGCCUUUGGGCCUCCUCUUCUCGGUGGCUUUGUUCUGCUCCAACCAGGCGUACCUUUUCUCCUCCGUGGCCUUCCUGCAGUUCUGCAAGCAAGGCAACGUGGCCAUCGUCUUCGUGGGCUCAUGCGCUGUGGGCCUCCAGAGCUUCAGCUGGACCAAGGCCGCGGUUCUGUGCGUGGUGGUAACGGGCUGCUCCAUCUGCGCCACCGGAGAGAUCAAGUUCGUGAUGAGUGGCCUCCUCUUUCAGCUGUUCUCGCAGUUUGCGGAGUGCUCCAAGAAUCUGAUUGGGGAGAUUGUGAUGACAGGAGCAGGUCUAAAGCUGGAUGUGCUUACCUUCGUAGCCUUCCAAGCGCCCUUCUCUCUGCUGCCGCUGCUAAUAGGCGCCUUGAUGGAGUGGUCGCCGGACGUCACAAAGGACUUCGUCGCCAUGUGGCCCGUGCUGCUGGCGAACGCUGGCCUCGCCUUUGUGCUGAACGUGCUCAUCGCCCUAACCUUGAAGAAACUUUCCGCCCUGGCCUUUGUGCUCAUUGGCCUCCUCAAGGACGUGACCAUCGUGGUCUGCAGCGCGGCAGUGUUUGGGGACCCCAUCAGCCACCAGCAGUUCGUUGGCUUCGUGGUGACCUUGAUGGGCAUGGGCCUCUGGAGCCACAUGAAGCUGCAGGAGCAGACGCGGCCGGCAGAGGCGACACCACUGGUGAAGGAGAAGGCCGACAAGGUGAAAGAGCCGCUUUGA